GCGAAUGCGGUACUACAGGCAGGUGUACCCAUUCCGCUCCACCUGGAGUUAUAACGACGUCAUGUACACACUUGCCGGGCACGUCGCGGAAAGGCUUGCCGGAAAGUCCUACGAGACCCUCCUGCGAGAGCGUAUCCUACAGCCGCUGGGCAUGGACGACACGGUGUAUUUAGCUGAGGCACUUGAGGCUGGAGACUUCGCAAACUUUGCUCAGACAUACCUCACCUACAAUACAAGUGGCGAGUCCGAGACCCGUAGUCGUGAGGAGUACAGGUCUGUCAAGCUACAUCUUCCCGCUGCCGGUGUGGUGGCCAACGCCUUGGACAUGGCCCGGUACAUGAACUUCCACCUGAGCGGGGGGAGGGACGAGGCCAGGCGCCUGGUGGUGCCGGAGGACACCUUACGACAGACCCACACGGCAGACGCCAUCGUGCCCCCGUACAGCGACAAAGUCGAACCGUACUGGCCAGUCGAAGCGUGGCUGACGCAAGGCUAUGGGUUUGGCUGGGUUACCGGCUCCUACAGAGGCUACAGACGAGUUCAUCACCGUGGAUCUAUGGUAGGCUUUACAUCACUACUGUCCCUCUAUCCGGCCACAUCAGGAGGUGUCUUCACAGCCAUCAAUAACGCUGACGACACAGGGGCCAAUGACGUCCACGAUACCAUUCACUACCACGUUGCAGAUAUUCUCACAGGAAAGGACCACUGGUUGAAUUCCACAACGGCCUGCACGUAUCCUGGACCUUGGUGGACGAAACGACAGACCAUGAGGACGUCGACAGUCGGCCCUAAAAUCUCGGACAACUUCCCGCGAGACAAACGUGACUACGAAGGAGUCUACGGCAACCGUGCGACAGGCAACCUGACCAUCAGCCUGAACACGACCGACGGCAACUUAUACUUUAGUCUUGGGAUCGGACGGGGUCUAGUUCUCCCUACCGACUCUCCUAACCGCCUUAUCCUCCGGGCUGGAGAACCUUUAGUAUAUAUCCCCAACAUUGUUGCCGAUGUAGAAGACAAAGAUGAUGACAUCUUUUCUCUGCAACUAGAAAGCUAUCCUCCUGAACCCCCUAUCGUAUUCGAACGAGGCCUGAAGCUGACCGACCCGGACCCUACAGAGCCGAAAUGGGACGACUGUACCGUCGUCUCUGGCUCUUCGAACCGCGAAGCUUCGAGUAACAUAUUCAUGAUUUUGAUCCUUUUGGCUCUGUUUACUGCGUUGUUUGGUGGUCUGCAGUGUACCUUGUCGCGCAAGAUGGGCACUACUGUGCAUAUGGUCCUUGUGGUCUGUUUCAUGCUAUUCGGGCAGACUUUGACCAUUUUUAACUCGGAUGUACAGCAGAGGCUACAGGAUCUGGACACUUUCAUCCAGACCCUGAUGACAUGUGAGUCCAGGCCUGUAGUCGGACUGACCGUGUCCGUGGUCAAGGACGGUGAGACCGUUUUCGCCAAGGGGUACGGCCAGAGGGACCUGCAGACGGGACAAGCUGUGGACAACACGACUCUGUUCGGAGUUGGCUCCAUCUCCAAGUCCUUCACCUCAGCCCUGUUAGCGGCCAUUCUCGGGGAGAGGGAAGACGUGAGCUGGGACACCGUCCUGACGGACAUCCUGGGGCCGGACUUCAGGUUCAGAGACCAGUUCCGAACCAAAGACGCGACCUUGAGAGAUAUCCUGGCGCACAAAACCGGCAUAGAAAACCAGAAUCUUGCUUUGACAGUAGGACAGGAUUUCGACAGAUCGGAGCUGGCAAGACGAAUACGGUACUACAGACAGAUCUACCCAUUCCGUACCGUCUGGCGUUAUAACAACGCUUUGUACACCCUGGCUGGGCACGUAGCGGAGAAGCUCACAGGGAAGUCCUACGAGGCCCUCUUGCGGGAACGAGUAUUGGGACCACUGGGCAUGAACGACACAGUGUACUUGGCCAACGUCCUCGAUGAUGAAGAUUUCUCCAAUUUAGCCCAGACGUACAUGACCUAUAACAGAACAGGUCAAUUUGUGGCGUACAGUCAUGAGGAGUUCAGGCCUCUCAAGUUACAUCUUCCUGCAGGAGGUGUGGUGUCCAACGCCUUGGACAUGGCCCGGUACAUGAACUUCCAGCUGAGCGGGGGGAGGGACGCGGCCGGCCGCCUAGUGGUGCCGGAGGACACCUUGCGGCAGACCCACACGGCAGAGUUCACCUCGAUCAAGUUUGACCCCGACAAGCUUGAACCUGACUGGCCAGUAGAGGCGGGGACGGAGCAGGGCUACGGGUUGGCGUGGUUUGUUGGCACCUACCGAGGAUACAGGCGACUACAACACAGUGGCUUCGUGGCAGGCUAUACUUCUCUCCUGUCCCUGUACCCUACCUCUUCGGGAGGAGUUUUCACCUCCGUCAACGGCCCCGAUGCAGCGGGCAUUGACGUCCAUGAAAUCAUCCACGACCUGGUCGGGGACAUCGUAACAGGUAAGGACCAUUGGCUUAACGACACCACAGCCUGCACCUAUCCUGAGCCUUGGUGGACGAGACCAAAGCCCAACAGCACCGUCCUCCCUGAGAUCUCGGACAACUUCCCGCGAGACAAACGUGACUACGAAGGAGUCUACGGCAACCGUGCGACAGGCAACCUGACCAUCAGCCUGAACACGACUGAUGACAACUUAUACUUCAGUCUUGGUCUGAUCGGAUGGGGUCUAGUUCUCCCUACCGACUCUCCUAACCGCCUUCUCCUCCGGGCUGGAGAACCUUUAGUAUAUGCCCCCAACAUUGUUGCCGAUGUAGAAGAAAAAGAUGGUGACGUCUUUUCUCUGUCAGUAGAAAGCUAUGCUCCUGAACCCCCUAUCGUAUUUGAACGAGGAUUGAAGCUGACAGACCCGGACCCUACAGAGCCGAAAUGGGACGACUGUACCGGUGUCUCUGGCUCUCCGAACCGCGCAGCUUCGAGUAACAUAUUGGUGAUUUUCCUCCUUUUGGCCUAUGUUUACUACCUAAUCUGAUUCACAAAAGCAGAUCAAUCGGCCUUCUUUCAUGUCACCGAUACUAAGUCACCUGUCAUAAUGAUAUUUUCAUAUGUGCUAAUGACACAAGUAUAGUCACUAUACGUAUCUCCUUGUCAACCGGACGAAUAUAGGGUUAAAAAUCAACCGAGCUACAGAGAACUAGUGUUCCAUAACCUCAUACUUUUAUGAUUAUAAAUGAUUCACAUUGAUUAAUUAUGCAAAUGUAUGGAUUUGCAAAAGAAAACUAAAUAAAGGUUACCAAAACCCUAAAGUAGGGUUACCAAGAAGCCCUAAAUUAGGGUUUGCAAA